AUGGAGCACCUCACACGCAACCUGGCUCCACAAACUCGGGUAUACCACUUCAUGGCCGAAGGGAUGGCUUUCAAGGUCACGGUCGCUCUCCGUGCAAGAAGGGUGGAGAAGUGGAUCCGCGCAGUGAAGAGGGACUAUCUCGACAACACACCAAUCAAGUGCGUCAACUUGGACUGUGAGUUCACCAACCCUCGCGAGGGUGAUCAGCGCGCCGCCGUUCUUCAACUCUCGGCGGCGUCCGAGAAUUUGGUAUUCCAGAUUUGUCAGGCUGAUGAAGUGCCACAAGUUCUCAAGGAGUUCUUGCAGGAUGAUACCAUUAGAUUCUGA